AAUCAGAGUUGUCGGAACAGCGGUGGUAAAAGAAAAAAAAACGUGGACGUAAGAAGGGCUUUUUAUUUACGCCGAUGAAGUUAGUAAAAUUCAGAUUAUCAGAUUAUUUAAUAGCUAAUUUACAAAUAAACCACGUAAAAAUCUGUAUAAACCCUGAUUCUUAUUCUAGUUAUUGCUGCGUUCUCUGAAUUUCUUGUUUGACUGUUAGCUCGCUGAGGUAAUUUCUCACAAUGACAGAGCAAACAAAAAAUAUAAAACAUACAAAAAACACACAUUUGUCCAAAUCCACCAAAGACAAACUGGAUAAAUUCAACAGAAUGAGGGGUGCUGAGGUGAAAUCUGGGGGGUUUUGGGACCUGGUGGUGAUCACAGCCGUAGAUGAAGAUCAGAGAUGCUGGUAUGAAGUUCAGCUACAGGAGAAGAUCCGCAGGAGCGAGCUUCCCCUCAGUGUUUAUCGUGUGUUUGCAGAUCCUCCAGGCCACAAGAUCGGUAAUGGAGGCUCGACAUUGCACGUUCUGCAGCUCCUGAGUGAUGAGUAUGGAGAGACUUUAUCCAGAUUCAGAGUGCUCCUCAUCCACGCUGGAGGGUGGAGUCAGCGUUUACCCCACACCAGCGCUCUGGGGAAGAUCUUCAUGGCUCUUCCACUGGGAGAUCGUGUGUAUCAGAUGUUGGAUCUGAAGCUGCUCAUGUAUGUGGACUUUCCUGCUCACAUGAAUCCUGGCGUGUUGGUCACAUGUGCUGAUGACGUCGAGCUCUACAGCGCCAUCCAGAGUCUAAAGUUUAAUAAACCUGGCUUCACCGCCCUCGCACACCCCUCCCCUCUGUCCAUCGGCCAGUCACACGGCGUGUUUGUUCUCGAACCCGGAGAUGAGCCGCCUGUCCAAGAUGUGGAAUAUAGAACCUGUCUCCGGUUCCUGCACAAACCCAGUGUGGAAGUAAUGCACAGGAGCGGCGCUGUGUUCAGGAAGCACGAUGAUGAAGUGGUCUACACAGACAGCACGUACUACAUCAGUCAUGACACCGUGGAGACGCUGCUGGACCUGUUCCGAGAAAUUGGACCUCUGAGGUGUGAGAUUGACGCCUACGGAGAUUUUCUGCAGAGUUUAGGAACCAGCGCUACGGCCGACUACACCAACAACACUGAGAACGUGAUGAAGAAGGAGAAAGAUCUGGUGGAGGUCAGAAAGAAGAUCUUCCAGCAUCUCGGAGGAACACAGUUGAAUGUUAUAAUCCUCAACGAGUCAAAAUUCUACCACCUGGGCACCAUGGAAGAGUACCUGUUCCACCUCACUGUAGAUCUGUGUCUACGAGAGGAACUCGGCCUCCAGACCAUCACCUUCAGCUCCUGUCCUCUGGAUGUGUGUGAGAAUAAAAACACGUGUGUCAUACAGAGCAUCGUCCACCCAAGUGCGCGAGUGUGUGAGAGCAGCGUGGUGGAGUUCUCCCGGCUGGAGAAGGGAGUCGAGGUGGGCCAGAGCUCCAUCAUCAGUAGCUGCUGGGUGGACAGGGGUCUCUCCAUCCCCUCCAGCACCUUCAUGCACUCGUUUGCCGUGUCUACGGAUGGCAGGACGCAGUUCGUCACUGUGGCGUUUAGUGUUCAGGACGAUCUGAAGAAGACGGUGCCCAGCUGCGCAGACGUGAACAGGUUGGAGGUGUUUGGUGUUUCUGUGGGAGAGUGUGUGAGCCGCUGGGGACUGAGCGUGGGGGACGUCAGGCUCGCAGGAGACGUGUCUGUGUGUAACCUUUGGACUUGCUGCAUGUUCCCUGUGUGUGAGGACAUGAAGACCUCGUUCUCCACCACGCUGCAGAUGGUCCGAGCAGCUCACGGAGAUGGAGUUGUAAGUUUACAGAAAUACACACUGCUCUCACUGCAGGACAUCCUCCACCACAAAGACCUGGAGACCAUGCUGAAGUUCAGAAACGAUCUGUACGAGGAAAUUCUACGGGAAAAACGAGAUGCAACACAUCAGGAAUAACGAUCUCUGGGAGAAAUAUCGAUAUCCAGCUAAAUGGAACAUGUUGCAUUUUAGGCUGAAUUUUAGAAAUUUGAUGCCUCAACAUUAUAAGAACAUAAACAUGAGAAUUUUAUAUUGAUUUAAGUCUUGAUGAAAGGUAGACAGAGUGCACGUGACUUCCUGUUGUCAGGGAGUGGUCGAGGUGGUGGACUAUGGUGCUAAUGUGGAUGAUGGAAUAGAGACCUGUGGAUGUCCUACAAUCUCAUCAUGUCCAUGAUCUCCUCACGUAUAUGAUUUCCUCAUGUCCACAAUCUCAUCACGUAUACGAGCUCCUCACGUCCACGAUCUCCUCACUUCCACAAUCACCUCACAGGGUUCUGAUUCUCUUUCUCCUCACACUGACUCUAAGCCUGUUCACUGUGAACGGGUUUUAAAGCUCUGAUGAUGUGUUUAAAUCUGCUCUGAUUCUCUCUACAUUGUAAAAAUUAAAAAAUAAAAUUCUGUUCUGUUC